AUGCACUGCGAAAGGACAUCCGACUCCCACAGUGAAGGAAUAAGUGGUAUUGAAAAUUCUGAACGCUGGGAAGCCGCCGGUUCAGAGUGGAGUGCUGAAAGUAGUGGAAUAAGGAACUCUGAUGACUUAACCAGCGCCGUUGACACUAGUGGCCAUGGAGGAAAAGGAAGCAGUUCAUUGACUGCGCGUUCGGCAGCACGAUCUCAUCAAGGUUUAUAUAGAUGCAUCGCUGAUAACGGUGUUGGACCACCGUUAGUCAAACAUGUCAAUGUAACAGUACACGAACCAGCCCACUUCAGUUCUCCGAGUGAUUCGCUCCGUAACGUGUCGAGUGUUCGCGGUCGUGGCGUCACUCUCAGCUGUCUCGCGCUUGGUGACGCACCGCUCACAAUACAUUGGACACAUCGCGGAAAUAAAUUGGACCUUGAUUCGUACAGAUGGACGAUAUCAGAGGUCCGCACAAGUGAAGGCGUGCGGUCUUCUCUCCAAUUACGUGCGGCGGAGCGUCGUGAUGCUGGCGAGUAUAGGUGUCACGCGCGCAACCAAUAUGGACGUGCUGAUAUACUAAUGUUCCUGCAAGUAGAAGAACCACCAGAAGCCCCACGUUCGAUUCAGCUGUGGGGUGCGGGGUCACGAUGGGUGCGGGUUCGAUGGCUCGCAGCACCAUCGUCGCGAACACACUUUGCUGCGAUAUGCACCCCUUUGCACUCAUUACCAACGCUAAACUCUCUACCCUCUUCUGACCAUUCCACACAUCAUUAUAACCUUACGCUAGAAGCAACAGAUAAUAAUGGGGUUGCCGCUGAUGGUUUGCAUCUAUUAAGUGCAAAAUUAGAAGGUUUAAGACCAGCAGCCGCAUAUUCAUUACGGGUGGUAGCAUCUAAUCAUGUUGGACAAUCGCCUCAUUCAGAUGCACUUCUAUUUACUACUCUUGAAGAAGCACCGUUAGGACCACCUCAAAAUAUUCGAGUGAGACCGAUUAAUACUGGAGAGUUGCAUGUGUCGUGGACGGCUCCAGCUCAAGAUUCCUGGAACGGUGAACUAUUAGGUUAUGCAAUUACAUGGCGGGAAGUAGGUCGUGUGGAGGGUGGAAGUAGUGAGGAUGGACGAGAUGACGGAAGACGGGCUGGUACCACUGUGGCUCGUGGUUGGAGCACAGUGGAACUGACAGUAGGCGGCCUUAGACAGUUCGCAAGAUACGCGCUCUCAGCUCGAGCAUUUAACAGGGCGGGACCCGGGCCUCCAUCGACUACUGCCUAUGCUACGACUGCCGAUGGUGUUCCGGAAGAACCUCCAAAUUCAGUUUCCUGUGAGGCUAUAUCAGCGAGGUCGUUGCGUGUUCGAUGGUCAUCUCCACCACAUUCACACACACAAACUAUACAGGGUUAUGAUCUUCAUUAUGCACCUCUACAUUUUUCCCAAUCGUGGAGUGGUGCGAUAGGCUCUGAGGUAGCUAGAGCUGCUGCUGCUGGAGAGGCAGUCCUCCAGGGUUUGAGGGCCGCUACCAAUUAUUCUGUGUCAGUGCGAGCUAGAUCUGACCGGGGCGCGGGUCCGCCCUCCCAACCAGCAUAUUGCCGCACUACUGAUGAUGUACCCGGUGCUCCGGAACUAAUCCGAGCUUUAGCAGCGGGGCCUGAUGCCGUACGCGUAUCUUGGAUAGCGCCGACCGAACGAGGAGGUUUACUUUCGCACUACAUGCUAUAUACGAGGGAACUUGGCAAAGUUGGGGGAGAGUGGUCGCAGCGAGUAGAAGCCAAUGAACAGAGUGAAGGGAAUAUUGAGGAGGGUGGGGAAGUAUGGCAUGAAGUACGUGGGUUGCGUGAACGCGCUGUUUAUGAAUUUUGGGUACGUGCUUCCACUACUGCUGGCGCUGGACCGGCCAGUAGAGCUGUUACCGCGGCACCGUCACAAUUAUUAUCAGCAAGAAUCUCGUCACUGGGUCGCUUAGUAACGGCAGCAGUAGGAGCGCGGGUCCGGUUACGUUGUUCAGCAUUAGGAGUACCACCAAUUUCGCGUCGAUGGACUCCCCUUCCUCAUGCACACACUAUCACUGAUACUGGAGAUUUGAUUAUACACAAAGUUGAGCACCACUCGGCUUUGAACUAUUCGUGUUCAGUUCGCAACUCUGCGGGCGGUGACGCGGCGGUAUUCGCGUUGCGUGUACUCCGACCACCCGCUGCACCUGCACCGCGUCUUGCCCGCGCUGACACUCAUGCCUUACAUCUUGCAUGGGAUCCACCUUUUGAUGGCGGUGCAUCCAUCUUAGGUUACACUGUGUGGUGGUGGCGUGGCUGGGAUAACGGAGGAGGAAAAGGAGAAAAAAUUUCAAUAGGUGAAAUAGACGCAAAUGCUCGCUGGUGGCGCGUGGGUGGGGAGGUGCGAGGCGCGGCGCUUCGUGGGCUCGCGUGCGGCGCUCCAUACUAUGUCGCCAUGAGAGCACAUAACGCGGUCGGCGCUUCAGCGCACUCGAGACCGGUCAUUCUACACACAAGAGGAGAGAAGGCGAGGGCUCCGACUGGCAAGGAGUGUAUAUGGGCAAACAGCACGGCGUUACGUGUUGCACUUCUUGCAUGGGGAGGUCGCUGUGCUGUGGCCCGCUUCAGUCUGGCCUUGAGAAGAGCCGGCGUUGGCGACGCUUGGAUUGAUUUGUUGUCGGAUGGAGAAGUUGCCGAAGCAAAUAAUUUGGAGCCGGGCACUUGGUAUGAAAUUCGAGUCUUAUCACACUCACCAGCCGGAGACACACCAGCACUUUAUAAGGCUGCAACACAUACUAUGAAUGGAGAACGUAUCGGCGAACCGAUAGAAUUACCUUUGGAAGCCCGUAUGAGUGCAUCAGACGCGGGAAGUAAUAUAGGGGGCAGCUCGUCAGGGGCAGUUUGGUGGCGGAACGCCAUCGGUGCUGCCGCAGUGCUGCUCGGCGUUACAUUGCUGACGUUGAUUGCCACCGCCACACUUAUCGCCUGCCGACGCCGCUCCAAUCCCUCCACAAACCCUCUACACGAUGCUCACACUCAACCGUUAUACGUAGCUCAACCAACUCAAACAAAUGGAAAAACAAUGACGCCCCCUGACGGCAACAUGCACGAGAUCAGUCCGUACGCGACGUUCAGCAUGUCAUCUGGAGGCGAUGGCGCUCGCUCGUGUGCACUCCACCUAAGAUCAUUCGCUCGGGACCCACUCGAGCUAGCCGCACCACCACCACGACCACAUCUGCUGGCUCAUCCCAAUGAUUAUGGAUGCGUUCGGGACAGUGAUUCAGAGUCGAGCGGCUCACCUUGCGCCGCGUGUGCCGCCGAAUUGUACCGACUCCCCGCAGCUAGGCUUUCAGAUACGCUACCGGCCGGCAGCGUAGGCGCAGCCGAGUCUAGUACCGAGGACGGUUCAUAUGGUGGCGCGCCUCGCCCACGUGAAUCUCAACCACGACCACGUGCAAGACGACGUGACCAUACGAGAGACACUCGUGACACAAGGGACACACGGGACACACGGGACACACGGGAGGCACGGGACACUCGUGAUCCGACACGCCCACAUCAACCCACAGUCAGGUACUUCCAAGCGACGAGACGACGGGACGGUCUGUGAAAUCGUUACACGAUGUAUAUAAAUGUGUUUUAUCAGUUUUAAGCGAUCCUUAAGUGUUUUUAUUGUGACUGAACUUAUCCUACUAAAUAAACACGUGACGUUUUUAA